GACGGACGAUAAGACCUUUAUAUCCGAAAUCCAGGUUGCAGAUUUGCAACCAAAACAGGAAAUACCAGGGGCUUUACUCUGUUUUCACUUUUCUGUUCCAUCGGACGGCAAAGAUGGCAUCAAUACUAGCCCCGGGCGUGAUAUCCUCAUCGUUGUCUUUCAGAUCCGACGCGUUGUUUCCCUUGGCAGUAGUGCGGUCGCAUGAGACGAAGAAGAAGGGGGGAUUGUCGGUAAAAGCGAUGGCAGUGGCGAAAUUCAAAGGAACGCAGAGGAGACAGAAGCAACUGACGGAGAUGAUCGAGAAGAAGGUGACGGAAGCGAAGGAGGUGUGCGAGGGGGACGCGACCUCCGACGAGUGCAGGGUGGCUUGGGACGAGGUGGAAGAGGUCAGCCAGGCCAAAGCCGAUCUCAGGCUCAAGCUGCAGAAACAAGAUCCUCUCGAGUCUUUUUGCGAGGAGAAUCCUGAGACCGACGAGUGCCGAAUCUACGAAGACUGACUCAUAAAUUUCUGGCAUUCACCGUUGAUCCGUAGCAGAUGAUCUUGUUGGCUCCUCCACUGCUUUUUAUGACUAUUUACGCUGUUGUUUUGUGUAUAUGCUCACUACGAGGCCGCCGGUGAUGAGUCUAGGACUACGAUUAUAAGAUCGCUUAAUGACUUGUUCAAAUGUAUGUAAUUCUAUGUAUAAUUAUGUCUUUUUUCUUUUUCCGGUGGUCUGAGUUCUGAGCAAACAUGUGUAACUAAUAACUAUGAUGUCUCUGUAGAACUAUCAAAAAAAAAAAAAAAAAUUAACUAUGA